UCGUAUAAGAUUUUAUCUGAUUGUUUGCCAACAAGCGGCAAAGCAAGUUUUUGUUUCCUAAAGCUAAGCUCCAACGUUUCAUUCUAAUAAAUCAGCUGGAGACCAUUGCUGGAAAAGGUCCCUCUUGAUUUUUGGCAGUGUCUCUGUGUCUGGAGUCCAGGGACAAAAUGCCGAGGCUCUUAUGGGAAUGCUGGAGGUUGACCUUCCUGAAUUGGCUGCGUGGGCUGGUCCCGGAUUUGCAGUCCGAGGAAGGGUUGGGUCCAGAGGUGUUCGAGCUGCAUGUGCUUCAGCAGAAGAGGAUCAAUGAAUCACCUCUACUUUUUGCAGCCAAAGAAAAUAAAGAUCAGGAUAUUUUUAAACUUGCACAAUGUCCAUCAUUUAAUCUUUUGGAAACAGGCACUAUGGGGGAGACAGCGUUACAUGUAGCAGCCAUGUACAAUGCCAAUAAGGCAGCGAUCGCACUCCUUGAUGUAGCGCCUGAACUCAUGAACAUUUCAAUCACGGGGGAGCUGUACGCAGGGGAAACAGUCCUUCACAUCGCUGUGGCAAAUGGGAAUGUGAGUCUGGUGAAAGAACUGAUUAGUCGGAAAGCUGACGUGGUAACACCUCGAGCAACUGGGACCUUCUUCAGAAAAAACAGUAGGAGUAUCAUAUAUCAUGGUGAGCACGUGUUGUCUUUCGCUGCUUGUGUUGGGAAUGAAGAGAUCGUCCGGAUUCUGAUUGAAAAUGGGGCCGACAUUAGGGCACAGGAUUACCUGGGUAACACUGUUCUUCACAUUCUGGUGCUCCAAUCAAAAAGUCCUCUCAUCCCACAGAUGUAUGAUUUAAUCCUGUCCUACGACAAGCCAGAGAAUGAGACUGCAGUUGACAUGAUCGUUAACAGUAACAGACUGACCCCCAUCAAACUUGCAGCGGUCGAAGGAAAUGUUCAGAUGUUCCAACACCUGUUAAAGAGGAAGGAACAUGAUGUACAACAGCCCUAUGGUCCCGUCUCCAGCACUUACUACAGCCUGUCUGAGAUCGAUUCAUGGAAUGAUGACUGCUCUGUGCUGCAACUAGUGGUCACCAGUAAAACCAAGGAGGCCCUGAAAAUCCUCCGCCUUUCCCCGCUGAAGGAGCUGCUCCAUUUAAAGUGGAAUAACUAUGGGAUGUAUUAUUUUCGGAUCCUGGCAUUCCUGUACCUUGUCUACAUCACCAUAUUCACGUUCUGCUGUGCCUAUCGCCCACUUAAACCAAGGACUGACAAUGCCAGCAGUGAGAAAGACUCCACGUUAUAUGUUCCGAGAACACUGCAGGAAAGUUACGUAAAUCGUGAAGACCAUGUGCGAUUAGUGGGUGAGAUUUGCAGUGUGCUUGGAGCUGUCAUCAUCCUUCUCUUGGAGAUUCAUGACAAAUUGAAAUAUGGACCCAAGGAAUACUUUGGAAAAACUGCCCUGGGUGGACCUUUUCAUGUUAUCAACAUCUGCUAUGGAGCCCUAGUGUUGGCCGUACUAGCAUUGAGACUGACAUCCUCGCCUGGUGAGACAAUCCCCAUGUCCUUCGCCCUUAUCCUUGCCUGGUGUAACCUCAUGUACUUCGCUCGAGGCUUCCGCUUGCUCGGACCAUUCACCAUUAUGAUCCAGAAGAUAAUAUUCGAGAUUAUACUGCCGUACUUGGUACUGAUGCUCAUUUUGCUUCUGGCAUUCACAUGCAGUACCCAUCUGUCCUUCCAAGUCUUGGAUCCUGCAAAGUGGGAAUACUUUGUGGAUUUCAGCACUGUUCUCUUCACCAUGUAUCUCCUCUUCUUCGGGCUCGUUAACAUGCCACUCAAUUGGGAAGUGAUCCAGCCUGACAUGGCACGAUUCCUGUACGCCAUGUACACCUUGCUUGCUUUCGCCAUCACGGUUUUCCUUGUCAUCCACAUGAUGAGCGAAUUGAUUCGGCGGGUGUCAAAACAGCAUGAUGACCUCUGGAGAGCACAGGUUGCUGCAACAACUCUCCUUCUUGAGCGUCGACUCCCAAGAUGCUUGUUUCCUCGUUUGGGAAUCUGCGGAAGGAAAUAUGGACUUGGAGACAACUGGUAUCUCCGAGUGGAUAACCGGAAUGAUAAUGCUGUCUUGAAGAUCCACUCUUAUGGCAAAACGGUGGAAACCAAAGGACAUGAGGAAAGCAUGGAGAAAGAUGAGACAUCGGACAAGAAUGAAAGCCAGCAAAGGCCGUGUCAGGGGUGGCAGAUGGUGAGGCAGAGGAGGAUGGGUCAGAAUUGCAGCGACCUUUACAAUGAGGGCAGUGCUGAGUCCUGCUUCAUUUAAAGUCCCAAAGAUAUUGCCUACAGUGGUCCUUUAAAUACUUCUCUUCCAGUUCUAUAUCAGCCUAAUCUUCAAUCAACAGUUUGAAGGCUCAAUAGAUCACAGAUAAGCCAAUAGUUGGUGUUGGUCUUAGAUUUGCUUCUGUAGAUUAUUCAGCUCAAGUUUACCACACAGACGAUAGUUCCUUCUCAUUUAAUGUAAUCUUUGAGAUCCUAAAUAUCUUAAUUUUUUCUAGAUGGUCGUACAGCCUGUGACUGCUGGUACUGUACCACUCAUGUGAGUAUAGCCACUUUUUAGCAUUGCCAAUUGAAUCAGGUUAAAUACCUGACUGGAUGAAAUCUAAAAAUAUUCCAGGGUGUAUAUCUAUAUAUGCCCAGGAAACAAGUACCCUUGCUCACUCAGUCUAUUUAUCAGAAAGGGCACAAAAUACUGAACAGCAGAAAUAAAUAUCCUGAUGUUGCUGAUUAAGAUGCAGCACCAUACCCAAUCAUUGAUAUUCUCACAACUGAGAGUUUGGGCCGGAUUUUAACUCUAUCUCAGUGAAUAGGUUGAAAUCAAGCUCAUAUAUCACUGGGUGCAUGCUAAAAACAUCAUUGAGUCUCUUUCCUGCUAUUGGUUUCUUUUCAGAAUGACCAUUGGGUCUAUUCAAACUGUCAGGGAGACCAUGAUCUUCAUCAAAGGGCAUGGAGUGCAGAGGAACAGAAAGUAAAAUUAGGAACUUCACCUUUUUGGCUCUCCCUGGCAUCUAGUAAGCUAUCUUGGCACUAUAUGGAUUUUCCAGUCUGCUUUUACAUAAGCACUUAGCUGAGCACUUAAAUCAAACCAUUCCCACAAGGGGGACUAGGGUCAACAUCAAGGCGAUAGGAACAGGAGAAGCUUAUGCAGCCCCUCGAGCCUGCGCUACCAUUCAAUUACAUCAUGGCUGAUCUUCACCAUAACCCCAUUUACUUGCAUUAGUUCCAAAUCCCUUAAUCCCCUUGCCUAAUAAAAAAU